AUCACAUUGUUUUUAUUCCUCGCACACCAUGAGUCGAGGAGCAAGAGGUUUUAGCAGAGGAGGAGGACGCGGUGGGGGACGUGGAGGUUUCCAGCAGCGUGAUUUUGGUCCUCCAGCUACAGUCGUCGAAAUGGGGACAUUCAUGCAUGCUGUAGAGGAUGAGAUGUUCUGCUCCUCUCUCAUAUCAGACAGGGUUCCCUACUUUAACGCUCCCAUUUACCUCCAAAACAAAUCUGUGAUUGGCAAGGUUGACGAGAUCCUUGGCCCUAUCAAUGAAGUUUAUUUCUCAGUCAAAAUGGGAGAAGGUAUGAUUGCAAGUAGCUUCAAGCAAGGAGAUAAAGUAUAUAUUGGAGGCGAUAAAUUGCUACCCAUCGAGCGUUUCCUCCCAAAACCAAAAGUUGCAGGUAUGCUCUAUUCUAUGGGUCUUUCCACUUCUGCGCCUGAGCCUUAUUCUCUAGGUGUAACAAAACGCGGGCGCGGUACCGCAAGGGGCAGUGGGCCGCGGGGACGGGGUGCCCCUGGGGGACGAGGACGGGGAGGACGAGGAACAAGCAGGGGUGGGGUAAGAGGUGGCUUCGGUGGCGACCGGGGUGGUUUUAGAGGAGGUUUCAGAGGAGGAAGUAAUCGUGGUAGCAGUGGAGGUUUUGCACCUCGAGGUGGAAGAGGCGGAUUCAGGGGAUCAUGAUGAUAGUGCUCUGUAUUGUGUUAGUCCCAGUGUGCGUCACGUCGUACGUGUGUAGAUAUCAAGGUUUCAGUGCCUUGACCUCGGUCGAAACAGCAGAAAAUCUGUUUGCCCGUUCAUACUGCAUGGAAAUAGACU